UGCGCGUUCCCUAGACCAAGUCAACCCCAGACCGACUUGUACCUCUGCACGUCCGUUUCCAUUCCCUCGGAUGCCAUUGCCAGCUCUUCUGCAGAGGCCGUCUUCUUCUUCUUCUUCCCCCGCCAAUUGGCACCCUUCUCUCCAUCCCCCCCUUUUCUGUCACUGCCAUUGCUCCAGAAUUUGUAAUGCUGUGUUGCACUUGUCGCUGCAUUUGUUGGUGUCACGAUCGAGAGAUUUAGAAGGCCAUAAGCCAGCGGGCCGGGCGGCGGCGCCAUUGCUCUCCUCCCCUAUAGCUAGCUCGAUUUCUCGCUACAACGAUUCUGUUCUUCCUCCCUCGGCGCUAACAGUAGGUCUCUGCUGAAUUGCUUCCGAGAUGAACGAUCUCUUCUCGUCGAGUUCGUUCAAGAAGUAUGCCGACCUGAAGCAGCAGGUUGAGCUGGACGAGAUGGAGUCCGGCGUCGGCGGCCAGGGCGUCAACCUGGACAAGUUCUUCGAGGACGUGGAGGUCGUGAAGGAGGACAUCCGCGGCCUGGAGAGCAUGCACCGCCGUCUGCAGUCCGCGAACGAGGAGAGCAAGACCGCCCACGACGCCCGCGCCGUCAAGUCCCUCCGCGCCCGCAUGGACGGCGAGGUCGAGCAGGUCCUCCGCCGCGCCAAGGCCAUCAAAGGCAAGCUCGAGGCCCUCGACCGCCAGAACGCUGCCAGCCGGAAGAUCUCCGGCUGCGGCGCAGGAUCCUCCACCGACCGCACCCGCUCCUCCGUCGUCUCCGGCCUCGGCAGGAAGCUCAAGGACCUCAUGGACGACUUCCAGGGUCUUCGGACGCGGAUGGCGUCGGAGUACAAGGAGACGGUGGCGCGGCGGUACUACACGGUGACGGGCGAGCACGCGGAGGAGAGCAAGAUCGAGGCGCUCAUCUCGUCGGGGGAGAGCGAGACGUUCCUGCAGAAGGCGAUCCAGCGUGACCAGGGGCGCGGGGAGGUGCUGAGCACGCUGUCGGAGAUCCAGGAGCGGCACGACGCCGUGAAGGACAUCGAGCGCAGCCUGCUGGAGCUGCACCAGGUGUUCCUGGACAUGGCGGCGCUGGUGGAGGCGCAGGGCCACCAGCUCAACGACAUCGAGACGCACGUCGCGCGCGCCAGCUCCUUCGUGCACAAGGGCACCGUGGAGCUCCAGUCCGCCAAAGUGUACCAGAAGAGCAACCGAAAGUGGGCCUGCAUCGCCGUCGUCGCCGGCGUCGUGCUCGUCCUCGUCAUCGUGCUGCCCAUCAUCGUCAACCUCAAACUCUUGGCCGGCAGAUAGAUCCUUUUUGGAUCGAUCCGUCAUGCGAGCUGCAUGUUAAUUCUUGAUGUAUUGUUUUGUUCUUUGGAUUGAGAUGGAGAUUCGUUCUAUAGAUCAGAUCAGAAGUUUUACUACUUUAGAUUUGUUGUCUUAUUAUAUUUAAUUUGCUCUUGUGCUGGUUGUGUGGGAGAAGUGCGCCACCAUUGUCGAUCGAUCCAUGAGGCAACGUGCCGGUCAUGUUGUGUGGUGGUGGCCA